GGUGGAGUUGAGCAGCUCCUCCAGCCUGCGCGGGACGUCGUUCUCCUGGUAGUACGCCAUCGCCUGCUGCUUCAGCUUCUGCAGGUCCCUAGUGAUCCCACAGCUGCGGCCGCCGCCUUCUUCCCCCAUGAUGGAGAGUGUCGGUGUGUACGGAUUCUGUGGGUGUAAAGGAAAGAGCAAAAUGAAGUGUGAUUCAAAGUGGGAAAUAACCGCAGCAGAAACGGCCCCCACAUCUGCAUAUUCCUCUCCAGCCCGGAGUCUCGGGGACACAGGAAUAACACCUCUGUCCCCUUCCCAUAUCUUGAACGAUGCUGACCCGGUCUCAGAACAGCAGACGUUUCUUGUGGUGGUGGCCAUCGACUUUGGGACCACAUCCAGUGGCUAUGCCUACAGCUUUACCAAGGAGCCAGAAUGUAUCCACGUGAUGAGGAGAUGGGAGGGAGGUGACCCUGGCGUUUCCAACCAGAAGACCCCGACCACCAUCUUGCUGACACCAGAGAGGAAGUUCCACAGCUUUGGGUACGCUGCCAGGGACUUCUACCAUGACCUGGACCCCAACGAGGCCAAGCAGUGGCUAUACUUGGAGAAGUUCAAGAUGAAACUCCACACCACAGGGGACCUCACCAUGGACACGGACCUGAUAGCGGCAAAUGGCAAGAAAGUCAAAGCCCUGGAAAUCUUCACAUACGCCCUGCAGUACUUCAAGGAGCAGGCGCUGAAGGAGCUGAGUGACCAGGCAGGGUCGGACUUUGAGAACUCUGAUGUCAGAUGGGUCAUCACAGUGCCUGCCAUCUGGAAGCAGCCAGCCAAGCAGUUCAUGAGAGAAGCUGCCUACCAGGCGGGCCUGGCCUCCCCUGAGAACUCGGAACAGCUCAUCAUCGCCUUGGAGCCAGAGGCCGCCUCCAUCUACUGCCGGAAGCUGCGGCUGCACCAGAUGAUUGAGCUCAGCAGCAAGGCGGUGGUCAAUGGGUACAGCGCCAGUGACACAGUAGGAGCGGGGUUCACACAGGCUAAGGAACAUGUUCGGCGUAACCGGCAGAGUCGGACCUUCUUGGUGGAGAAUGUCAUAGGAGAGAUCUGGUCUGAGCUGGAGGAAGGUGACAAGUAUGUGGUUGUCGACAGUGGCGGAGGCACUGUAGACCUGACGGUCCAUCAGAUACGGUUACCGGAGGGACACCUUAAAGAACUGUACAAAGCAACAGGUGGACCCUAUGGAUCUCUGGGAGUAGAUUAUGAAUUUGAAAAGCUGCUCUGUAAAAUAUUUGGAGAGGACUUCAUUGAACAGUUCAAGAUCAAGCGCCCGGCAGCCUGGGUUGACCUAAUGAUCGCUUUUGAGUCUCGCAAAAGAGCCGCUGCACCAGAUCGAACCAAUCCCCUGAACAUCACUCUGCCCUUCUCCUUCAUCGACUACUACAAGAAGUUCCGGGGGCACAGCGUGGAGCAUGCCUUGAGGAAGAGCAAUGUGGAUUUUGUGAAGUGGUCCUCCCAGGGGAUGCUGAGGAUGAGUCCGGAUGCCAUGAAUGCCCUCUUUAAGCCAACCAUUGACAGCAUCAUCGAGCACCUCCGGGACCUGUUUCAGAAGCCCGAGGUUUCCACAGUCAAGUUCCUCUUCCUGGUGGGUGGCUUUGCAGAGGCGCCCCUUCUGCAGCAGGCAGUGCAGGCCGCCUUUGGUGACAAGUGCAGGGUCAUCAUCCCCCAGGAUGUGGGCCUCACCAUCCUCAAGGGCGCUGUCCUCUUUGGCCUGGACCCUGCUGUCAUCAAGGUGCGCCGGUCUCCUCUCACCUACGGAGUGGGUGUGCUGAACCGCUACGUGGAGGGGAAGCACCCUCCUGAGAAGCUGCUGGUGAAGGACGGCACACGCUGGUGCACUGAUGUCUUUGACAAGUUCAUCUCUGCUGACCAGUCCGUGGCCCUGGGGGAGCUGGUCAAGCGCAGCUACACUCCAGCCAAGCCCUCCCAGCUGGUCAUCAUCAUCAACAUCUACAGCUCUGAGCAUGACAAUGUCAGCUUCAUCACUGACCCAGGGGUGAAAAAGUGUGGUACGCUCCGCUUGGAUCUCACGGGGACCGGCGGCACAGCGGUGCCUGCCCGCAGGGAAAUCCAGACCCUCAUGCAGUUUGGGGACACUGAGAUCAAGGCCACAGCCGUUGAUAUCGCCACCUCAAAGAGUGUCAAAGUGGGGAUAGACUUCCUAAAUUACUAAUGUAACCGUCCCUCCCUGCCACCAACCCCCUGGGACUUGUCUGCAUUCGCUGACCUCAACUUUGACUGUUCUGUCCCCAACCUUGACCCUUGCCAUUGCCCACCUGAAUUUCAGUAGGAAAGAUGAGAACCAGGGAGAGAAUUAACUAAGGAUCUUUUUUUUUUUUUUUUUUUUUUUGAGGGUACGCUGGAGUCAGAAAAACUCAGAAAUUAAUAUCAAGGUCUGGAAAUAGAAAGUUCAAGAAUCCCAAAGCAGCCAGCUUUCACAGGUUCCUUGGUGAGGAAAUCAGUGCAGCUUGCCAUGAAGAGGUCCCUGUAAGGGAGGAGUUAGGACACCCACUGCCAACUCUUUAGAUUUAAAGUGAGAUCUUUGAGCCAGGCGGGAAUCUUCUUUAGAGGUCUUUUUAAAUUAUCUUGGAUGGCAGUGAAUAGGAGAUAUCAGCUUCCUGCAGUUAAUUUCUUCUCUUUAUCAUGGGACUCAAAUCGGUGACUCAGUGGCAACUUACAGUAUUUUUAAGCUGGUGGGAGAAGACUGCCGGCACUAUUUUAAGUUCUCACAUAAUUUAAAUUCCAGGAAGGCUCAAUGAAGGAUAGGACAGCCUUGGCUAACUCAACCAGGAUUGGGGAAUGAGGGUAAGAAUGCUGAUACCUCAAUUUUCCAGAGCAGGUAAAACUUCCUUUGGUAGAAAUGCCCACUGAAGAGUUAGUGAUUUACCCCAAAUUACAGCGGCCCCCUUUUAUUGACAGAAGAUGCAUUCUGAGGUCGCCUGACAACUGCCCAAAGCUGUGGAUGGCACCAACCUUAUCUAUACUGAGUUUUUUCUAUACUUACAUACCUGUGAUAAAUUUAAUAAAGUAGUAAGAGAUUAGCAACAAUAAUGAUGAAAUAGGACAAUUGUGAAAACACACUUUGAUAAAAUUUAUAUGAAUGUGGUGGUCUAUCGCAGCAUAUCUCACUAUACUAUACUGUUAUGCAUUUUUGGACCACAGUUGACUAGGGUUCACUGAAAACCCAGUAAAUGAAGACACAGAUCAGAAAGUAAUUCCCAGAACCAUAAACCUUGAGUUCAGAGGCUCUGCAUAAUUCUAGGUGAUCUUAGUAGGAAUUUAGUUUGAGAAAAUGAAGUUUUUAUUUGCCCUGUUUAUAUGUAUCACCAAGCCCAGAAAUCCAGCACAGCCCCUGGCUUGCAAACCAUGCGCAUUUCCAGUUAACCCCUUUCUUCCGGCUGUUCUUCAUUACCAAUAAGGAAAUGUGAAAGGGGGUUCUGUUCCAUGAAAUGUCUCAAUCAAAUCUUCAGCUUUUCAAAUUCACCUGAAAAUAGUAUGUAAACCUAGACCGGUAAAUGAAAAUGCCUUUUCUAAAGCGGGUCUGUGGCUCACCUGCCUCAGAAUUGCCUGGGUGCUUGUCAAGAGCAGGUCCUGAAUCUGCUGACUCGGGAGAGAUGGGGUCUGCGUUUUGAGUGUAAGAUGGGAGAAUUCUGCACCUGAGAUUUUGUGAAAGCUGAAGUGACCCCAGACCACAGCACGUGGCCUCAAACCUUCCUGUCAGAUAAGAGGGGUUAGAGAUCCACCUGCCUGGGGGUGGGGGCGCCUUUUAACCCCCAGAGAAGGAAAAGGACAUCACAAAAUGAACCCUGAGAAUGAAGCUGCCCAGGGAGCCAUUAAGUUCUAUGUUCUUGCUUUCCCUCUGUGCAAAGCCAAAGCCAGUCUCGCCAACGUUCAGGAGCCAACUGAGGAUAAAGAAUCAAGAAUCUGUCUCACAGUCCGUUUGAUCCGUUCAAAGCUGCCUUUCCCACCUGCUGGAAUUCAUUCUGACUUCAAAUCGCUGGAGACAUACAUAAUGAAUGAAUGAAUGAAUGAAUGAAUGAAUGAAUGAGUGAAUGAAUGAAUGAAUACGGAAUGAGGGAAGGGACUUCAAAUGCAAGUUGGAUUUGUGAACCCAUCAUCAUAGCCAACAUGUAUUUUUAAGUAGCAUUUUGAAUUCCAACCUAUUGUCUUCUUUUUCACACCACUUGCUGAAUUCCCUGCUAGAAUGUGAAAAUGCUAUCAAACCACAGAACAAGAGAAUGGGACCCCAAACUGAAUGGCAGGGUCUCAAAUCCCAGCAUCAGGAUGCUUGCUAGGACUCUCCUGCUCACUCUGCCCCAGGAGCUCAUGGGUCUCUUUUUGGUGUUUGCAGCCACAGUCCUCAAAUAGACUUUCAAUUUUGUUACAAUGGAUAUAAUUUUAUGUAUGUAUAUAUAAUACUAGAAUCUUGUACAGAAUCUUUAUUUCUACUGUGUGCUUGUUUGCAAAGGAAAAUACUCUUAAUUUUGGUUAAUAACACUGCUGCCUGUUAGCUCCACAGCUUCAUUUCUUAAUUGCUCUCACUGGUCACUUUUUGUGCUGAUACCAUGCAAUGGACUAUGAUUGCAAGACUGAGCAAUAGACAGAGGUGCCUUGGGUCAGAGUAUUCUGAUCACACAGACUACCCAGAUCGACAGCCUCAUCAGACCCUUCCACACUUGCACACCCUGCCCAAAGCUGAAAAGCUUCUGCAUGAAGAGUCAUGUAUCAAUUCUCCUGUCCAGACUUUGAGAGCUGAACAUUCUGGUUCUGUAAGCAAUGCCUACCCAAACGCUUCAUGUCUCCAAGGGUGGUUGACCUCUCCUCUCUGGCAAGGCAGAGCGUGGCAUACUUUGUGAUCCAAGGGACCAAGUGGUACAUACACCAGGGUCUCUGUUGGGUUGAAUUAGUGUGAGCGGUAUAGUUCAGCCCUUCUUUUCCUGGCUAAUGUAAAGCACUCCUCACCUUAUGCUAAGUCUAUAUUCCUUGCUCCUAUUUCGCCUAAAUGAGCUGAUAGAAAUCUGCAAUGUUAGCAAACUGAUGAUGGAGGAGUGGUAAUUUUACUGACUUCUUUCUGGCCCAGAGAUGCAGCCCUAGUAGCCAAACUCUUUAAAUAAAGCUCUCCAAUCUAUCCCUACCCCAGCUGAAAUAAUCUUAUUAGCACACUGGAUAAGUACACUUGGAACACAUUCCCCAACUUAGGAAGUCCUAGAGGGUCUGUGGUCUUGACUAAUUGCCCUUUGUGUAUAUUAUCUGGUUACUUACCUUUUCUGUACACAGCAGGCAUUCAUAAAUGCAGAUUGUCAGACAAGUGGCAUACAGUAGGAAAGAGGAGAUGCUUCGGAAGAGGUCCUGGGGAGUGAUGGCUGAGUCCAGGUUACAGAGCCUGCCCCCCACCCUUAGAAUGUUAUUUAAACCAAGUUUAGCUUUUAGAGUCCAGGUCUGGUUAAUUGCCAGGGUAGCAAAGAAUUGCAUGCACCAAUAUACACAGGAGUCAAAAUGCAUUAUUAAUCGAAGAUCGAAUUCCACAUUGUAGUGAUGUAAUCGUUGUGAUUAGGCUGCAUAGUAAGUAUGCCGGGGAGUGGCUAAGGGGAUGGCUAGUAUAAAAUGUGUUGGCCACAAUAUCCUAACACCUCUCAUCUGCUUGAAAUAUGGAACAAUAUCCUAAGAUCUCAGCCACUGGAGUCUUGUUCACUACAAGAUAGAGCCAAACUUCACAGAAUUUUGCAGCAGUCCACAACCAGACAGGAUUGUGUCUGCAAACUCUUGUCUUCACAGAUUCUAAUAAAGUGAAACUCUGAAUUUCA